GUCCAUUCGCGCGAAGCGGUUAGUUGCUGAAAAUGUCCUAACUUUUCCCCUGUUUUAAACCUUGUUGAAUAAAGUGUAUAGAUGCAAACUGUCCCUGACUGGAUGCGGUGAUCUGACGUCACCAAUAAUAAAGUCAUCCCGCCGCGUUUCAAACGAAGGGUGGCAGCGGAGUGAAUGUACAAUUGUAAUAUAAAGUAAAUAGCCCUGGCCCCUAUUGACUGAAGAUAACUGAGUGGUCGACCAGAAUGGCUCCUCAAAAACUUGUCAUCAAGUGUGGGAACGUCGCCGUGCUGGUGGACGUGCACGCACUGCCCCUGGGCGCCCGGGAAGAGGACACCAGCUGGUUGACUGCGGAGCACCUUGAGGAGGUAGCGGUGCUGGUUCAGGGUGCGGUGGAGCAGAGGGUGAAGCUGCAUGCCGAGCGCCUCCAUAAGCCGGCCAAGCACAGGAAGGAACUGCUGCCCGCCAAGGCCUUUAGCGCUACUGGUACAAGCUUCAACCUGGUGGCAAAUUUUCUGAAGAGACAUUACAACCUCAGAUGUCUUGUAAAAGAUCGCUAUGGAGAGCUGCGUGUGUUUCCUGAGCGCGGCGUGGUGUGUGUGAGCUGUCCGGAGGAUGCCUCGGCGCGGCCCGGUAACCCGAACCAGGCGGCGAGCGAACGGGGCGAACAAAGCCGCUCAGAAUAUUUUUCCAGAGUGGGAGGAACCCAAGAGCCCCUCAACAGCUCCGUGAAAACAAAGAGGAGCGCACUUCAAAAGAUGGCCAGACACGUUGGUGUCAGAACAGAGAUCCGUGGCGCGGGGAGCUGGGGGGCGGUUCACACAGGAGACACUGCUGAGGGCCAGGGUGUGAAGCCUUGGGCUGGGGGGCACCCUGGGGUGAUGGAGGACCCUGGCCCUGGAAAGCCUCUGGGAGUGGUAGAGCACCCUGUGGAGGGAGGCCACCCUGAGGUGGGAGGGGGCCUUGGACAGCACCCUGAGGUGGGCAGGAACCCAGGGGUGGGACAGCACCCUGAGGUGGGCAGGAACCCAGGGCGGCACUCCGAGGUUGUCGGGAAUCCUGGGGUGGUGGAGGGCCCCGGACAGCACCCUAAGGUGGUAGAGCACACUGGCCCUGGACAGCACCCUAAGGUGGUAGAGCACACUGGCCCUGGACAGCACCGUAAGGUGGUAGAGCACACUGGCCCUGGACAGCACCCUAUGCUUGUCGAGCACCCUGAGCCUGAAUCCGUCCCUCCGGAGAAGGUAUCCAGUCCUGCAGAGAUCUCCGUCCCUGAGCAGCAGACCCGCCUUACCUCCCCAGUGGACCCCCAGGUCCAGGUGGUGGAGGAGAGGAGGAGCAGGAAGAGGAGGAACGCUCCCUCUGAGAAGGAGCCCCGGGCCAGACCCCACGGCGACACCGCCUCCUCCUCCCAGCAGAAGCUGGCGCAGAAGACCCGAGGCGGCAAACGGGCCAAGGCCGGCAGCGUCACCGGGGAGCCCCUCACGCCCAGCGCCAAGAGGACGUGCCUCGGAGCCUCUCCAGGUGUGUCUCCGCCCCCGCAGCCCGCCAUCGCCGGCUCCUCCCAGGCCUCAGGUCGUGACCACCUCCCUCCUCCUCCUCCUCUUCCGUGCCCCCCGCCGCCGUCACCCCCCCCUCCCGCGGUGGGAGCCAAGGCAGCGUCUACGGCUUCCCCGGGCCCCGAAGAAACCACAGGGGAAGCGGAGCUGCUUACUCCAGGGAAACCGGCCUCUGGGCUCCCUGUCACCAGCAACGGCACCACGGAGCAGGCAGACCAAAACAGGCCGGCCGCAAGUCUGAGGGGCCCGUCUGUCAGGCCCCCGUCCCCGGGCACGGCUAUUAGUUCCAGAUUCCCGCUCCGGGGGCAGCAGGGGAGAGAGAAUGUGGCCAGGACGUCCAGAAUGCGACGGCUGAAGAGGACCUGAGUGUGGGGUUACAGUGUCGCUGAUUGAUUCUGUAUGUUGUGGCAGUUAACAUGGUGUCAGGUUAGAUGUUAUCUCCUGUGUGUGUUUGUGUAUGUCUAAACUCUCACAGCCUACACACACUUGACAUAUAAUUGCAUUUUUUGCUACACGUGCUUUGUGCGGAAUCCACUUACUUACACACACAUGCAGACGCACUUAUUCCCAUGUUGUUCUAAUCACUGUGCUUAUGCACGUACACGCACAUACUUGACACACUCCCCUCCUCACAUUCCAGCCCCUUCACUUAACCAGACAUGCACUCACACACAUACACAAACAAAUAAAAAUGCUUAACAUCUUGUGGAUAUCGAUACGUGAGAUUUGCUUUUUGUCAAAUAGUUGAAAAGGCUCCACCCAGAUGUAGCGGUGGUCAGGAAGGGGCUUACGAAUUAAAGUGAAUAAAAACCUUUAAUUGGA